CUGCUCGCCUGCCUGCCUGCUCUCUAUCGUCUAUCCGACUGGCCACCCACAGCCCAGCCGUCUGCUGCUGCCGCCGCCUCUCGGGCAAGAUACCUCUGUUCCCGCCCCCAAGCCCUCCAGCCCGACAACCGAUCCAUGCCGCAAGCGGCCCACAGCUCUGGCUCCGGCUCCGGCUCGACAGCCAUUUCUCCAUCCGAAUCCACGCCACUUCUUUCGGGCUCGUCAGGGACAUGGCCGAUAGAGCCAUACAGAGCCGUCACGGGCCUAUCAAGCGCCUCCGGCUCGCUCGAUCCCAUCCCACCGACAUCGCCUCAGCCGGCCCCGGGGAGCGGCCACCGCCCCGUGCGGUGGAUCGACUAUACUACCCUCGCGUACACGCUCUCGCCCAAUCGAGGAGCAGCCAAAUGUGCCAUCACCUUCAUGCUGGCGACGCUAGCGACCUUUGUUGCCAACCUCAACGAGGACCUGGGAAGUGCAUCCUACCUUGUGGCCACCGCCGUGGUCUUCCUGCAUCCAGCCCGCACCAUCGGCUCGAUGAUCGAGGCUGUUCUGUGCUCGUUCCUGGGCAUGACGCUGGGAUACAGCGUCGCCUACGGCACGCUGGCGAUGUCGGCCGUGCUCUCAGAGACCUAUCCGUCUGUCCCGUGGCUGCAAAACGUCGUCGGCAUCCUCAAUCUCUUUCUGGUGACCUACCUGCUGGCCUUUAUUCGAGCCAAGAUCAACCGACCGGCAGUCUCGACGGGUUGCACCUUUGCCCAUCUCUUGACCUUCUUGACCAUCACCCAGCUGCCCCACGAAAAGGCCGGGGGCAAUCUCGGUGACAAGAUCCACCGCAUCGCGCUCUCGCUGUUCUUUGGAACGCUCAUCAGCUUGUUCGGAUGCUGUGCGUUCUGGCCGACGACGGCUGCAAGCUCGAUUCGCCGCGACAUUCAUACGACCCUGACCAACCUCCAGGCCUUCUUUGGCGUCCUCAGCAAUAUCUUUUCGCUUCCGUCGCAUGUGUCUUCUGACGAUCUGCGAUUGUACCGGUCCCAGUCCGGCCGCGAGCUCAUCCGACCCGAUGUGACCCUGGAGAUCAAGCCGGUCGAGUUUCACCACGACGAGCUGCACGAGCUCAUCAAGAGUCACCAGAAGCUCCUGCUGCGACUCGAAAAGGCUCGGUUCGAGGUUGCCUUCGAGCUGUUCUCAACCAUGUUUCUCCAUUUCCACGAAUACAAGGACAUUUUUGUGACCAUCGAGCGAUUAACCCAGCACCUUGGUACUCUCAAGUCAAGCGUCGUCGCAAUCGAUACCCAGCUCUCGCAGAGCCAGAGCUCGGGCAAGCAAAAUCCAAUCCUCGAGGAAUUCAAGCAGAAGAUGGGGCCCUCUCUACGCCAGCUCAUCGAGAUCUGCCGCAAGACCCUGGCAACGGUCGAGUCUGUUCUGGAUGAUGGGCAGCGCCCGCUCUUCAGCGAGAUCCAGACGCCGGACCUGGCGAGCGUCAACCACUUGAUCCAGAGUCUGCGUGCUACCAUCGAGGGCUUUGACAGAGACCAGCGCACGCUCCUGAUGGAGCUCUACGAGAAGGACAACCAGGAGGUUUUUCUUGUGUACUUUCUUAUCUUUACGCUGCUCGAGAUUUCGACCGAGCUGGUCUUUUUGAGCGAGGGCGUAUGGACCCUCUGCCAGAACAUCAAUGAGCGCCGACGAGUUGGCCGGAUCCGUUGGAUCUGGCAGAGCUGGACACUCGUGCGCGACAAAAGCUACGGCUGCCCACGUAUUUCGCCCAUCCCGUGGAAAGGUGGCCGUCACCUGCAAGCCGGCGAGACCACCGUCAUGGGCAUCCAGAACCCCGCUGCUCCGGGUUUCUACGGCAGUAUCUGGAAGUUCUUCACCAGCCUCCGCGAGUUUGAAACCAAGUUUGCCCUCAAGACGGCCCUGACGAUCGCACUGAUGGCCCUGCCCUCGUAUCUGGAGGCCACCCAGCUGCUCUUUUACGAAUAUCGCCUCAACUGGGCCCUGACUACGGCCGUGGUCGUCAUCACCCCUUCGGUCGGUGGCUCCAACUCCUCGGGCAUCCAGAUGAUCUUUGGCACGAUCGUGGGAGCGGUCUGUGCCCUCACAAGCUGGGUGUUGUUUCCCAAAGAGCCUUGGGGGCUCUUUUUGGCGACGGCUAUCGUGAUUACGCCGUCGUUUUUCCUGUUCUUGUACGGCACGCACCCGCGAAUUGGCCAGAUUCUGCUCAUGACAUACUCGAUCAUCGUGCUGCACACCUACGCCUCGCCCACGGAUCCGAUCACCGGCAAGGACUAUUCGAUCUACGAUAUCGCCUACCGUCGCGGAGUCUCUGUCGUCGCGGGCGUGGUCAUUGGCCUGCUGGUGUCGUGGUACGUCUGGCCCUAUAAGGCCCGAACGGAGCUACGCAAGGAACUUUCGGGCAGCCUCUUCGACAUGGCCAUUCUGUAUACCAAGCUUGUCGGGAUCUUCGAAUCCGGCCAGCCGCGGUCGGCCCCGCAAGACCUCGACCAAUUCCUCGAGCAGGAGCUGUCGAUCCGGCUCAAGCUCACGGAGCAGCAACUACUGCUGGCGCAAACGGCCCACGAACCGAGACUCAAGGGCGACUUUCCGGCGAUUGUCUAUGGCCAGAUCCUGGACGCAUGCAACCGCAUACUGGACCGAUUUGUGGCGAUCCGAGCGGCGAUCAUGGGCUACGAACAGUUCCUGGAAACACCAAGCAUUGCGGACACGGACGGCGAAGCGCACCGAGUGGCAAUGAUCGGCGAGAUCCUGCUGACCUUCUACGUGCUCUCUGGGGCGAUGAUCCUGAAGGCCCCGCUGCCGCCGUUCCUGCCGAACAUCGAGGCAUGCCGGCAGCGGCUCAUCUGCAACCUCGGCCACUCGCAGCGACAGCUGGCAGCCCCGGAAUUGCGGAAGAAAAAGUCGUUUGUGGUCACGCCAUCGGGGCAGCCGGACGGGACAUUUUUCUUCUACUAUGCCUAUGUGAUUGAGAUGGAAAGCGUGAUCAGCGAACUGACCCUGUUGGGCGGGCUGACCAAGAAGCUGUUCGGAGAACUCGAUUACAACCAACACAUCCGCCGCGACCGACGGCCGUAGACAGCACCCUCGACCGCAGGUGGGAGCA